CGGGGCUUCCACACGCCUGCUAGGACCUUGCCGGGCUGUGCGUCACGUCCGGAAGAGACGAUGGCGGUGGUGCGGACCAGGGGCUGAGCGGAGCGAAACGGCAUGGAGGGCGGGCGGGCGCCCGCCUGCACCACGCAGGUCAGCUUCGUGUGCCAGCGCUGCAGCCAGCCUCUGAAGCUCGAUACCUCCUUCAAGAUCCUCGACCGGCUCACCAUCCAGGAGCUCACCGCGCCGCUGCUGACCGCUGCGCCUGCCCGGCCCGGGGAUGCGCAGGAGGAGAGCGCCCUGAGCGAGGAGGCCUUCGCGGAGGGUCGGCAGGACGGCGUCUCCAGGAGGUUCAUCCCGCCAGCCAGAAUGAUGUCAACAGAAAGCGCCAACAGCUUCACGCUGAUUGGAGAGGCAUCAGAUGGAGGCACGAUGGAAAACCUCAGCAGAAGACUGAAGGUUACCGGUGAUCUCUUUGAUAUCAUGUCUGGGCAGACGGAUGUGGAUCACCCCCUGUGUGAGGAGUGCACAGAUACUCUGCUAGACCAGCUAGACACACAGCUUAAUAUCACAGAGAAUGAAUGCCAGAACUACAAGAGAUGUCUGGAGAUACUGGAAAAAAUGAACGAGGAUGAUAAGGAGAAACUGCAGACAGAACUGAAAGAACUUGCACUGGAAGAAGAGCAACUGAUUCAGGAGCUAGAAGAUGUUGAGAAGAACCGCAAGGUUGUGGCUGAAGACUUUGAAAGAGUCAGGGCAGAGGCGGAGCGACUGGAGCAGGAAGAAGCUCAGUAUCAGAAAGAAUACUGUGAAUUUAAGAGACAACAACUGGAGCUAGAUGAUGAGCUGAAAAGUGUGGAGAACCAAAUGCGUUAUGCUCAGAUGCAACUGGAUAAAUUAAAGAAAACUAAUGUGUUCAAUGCAACUUUCCACAUCUGGCACAGUGGUCAGUUUGGCACAAUAAAUAACUUCAGACUUGGCCGUCUCCCCAGUGUUCCUGUAGAAUGGAAUGAGAUCAAUGCAGCCUGGGGGCAGACUGUGCUGUUACUGCAUGCCCUUGCUAACAAAAUGGGCCUGAAGUUUCAAAGAUACCGCCUUGUACCGUAUGGCAACCACUCGUAUUUAGAGUCCCUCACAGACAAAUCGAAGGAGCUACCCUUGUAUUGUUCUGGAGGCCUAAGGUUCUUUUGGGACAAUAAAUUUGACCAUGCGAUGGUGGCUUUCUUGGACUGUGUGCAGCAGUUUAAAGAGGAAGUGGAAAAAGGUGAAACUCGGUUUUGUUUGCCUUAUAGGAUGGACGUGGAGAAAGGAAAGAUUGAAGAUACAGGUGGCAGCGGUGGUUCUUACUCUAUUAAAACACAAUUUAACUCUGAGGAGCAAUGGACAAAAGCACUAAAAUUCAUGCUAACUAACCUGAAGUGGGGUCUUGCCUGGGUCUCAUCCCAAUUCUAUAACAAAUAACCAUGUCAAGGCAACUGUAAAGCAUCUGCAUUUUAUUGGAAAAACUCAAAUUAAGAAGUCUCUGAAUACUAACCAGUACAAAAUGUUUACAAUGCCAAAAAUUCACAAGACACUUUAUUUAAAAAAUAAAAAAAAAAAUGUUAUUGCAAGUAGUAUGUAGAAAAGCAAUAGGUAAAAUUAUAUAAUUGAGCUGAACUGAAUUUGAAAAAAAAUCAGCUACUGAAUAGACAUUAAACUGGCAUUUUGGAUGUUUAUAGAUAUGUAUAUAAGUUACUGUCAAAUUUCAAAAUGCCAGCGAGUUUGAUACUACUGUUACAGCUUAACAAAACAGGGGUUGGAAAAAUAAAAUGUUUCUAACAGGGACUGCUGUGGAAAAACGCAUGGAAGGUCUGUUUGGUCACUGAAGAAGUACAGCUUAAAAUAAAUAUUUUCUAAGUCA